GAGCAGAAAAUCCCACCUGAGAAAGGCAGACACAGUUCCUCUGCUUCGUGUCACAGGAGAACAAGACAUUUUCCGGAUAAUCCUGUGGAUGUGAUACAAAAGGUCAUGGCAGAAGAAAACAAACUUGAUGUUUUGUCUUCUUCAGAUCAGCAGAACAAAAAAGAAGGGAAGAAAUUACAUUUGAAUUUAAUCCGUAACUACCCCCAGAAAAACGCCGAGAUCCUGAGCAGUCAGUAUGGGUUCAAUAUCUUCUUGGCUGGGCUGCUGUUGAUGUUUGCCUGGGCAAUUCACGCCGUCGGGAUAACAGACAGAGACCUGCUGUCUUACCUAAUCACGCUGAUGCUAAUUCAGUUGAUCUGGAUGCUCUGGUACAUUUUUGGAAGUUACACCCGGAGGCGAUCAAUUAUAGAGAAAGAUACUGAUGCUGGAGCAAGAUGGUUAAGAUGCGGUAUUACGUUGUUUGCGGUGAUAACUCUUAUUUUGGAUUCUUUCAAAAUCGGUUAUUACAUCGGAUAUUCUGAGUGUUUAUCAAUAACCGAAGGCAUUUUUCCUGUGACACACACCGUUCACACGCUACUACAGGUUUAUUUUUUAUGGUUUCAUGCUAAGGAUAUCAUCCAGUCCUUCAAAACUCUUGAAAGGUUUGGUUUAAUCCAUGCUGUGUUCACCAACCUCCUUCUCUGGGCCAAUGGCAUAUUAACUGAAUCAAAGCACCAACUGAAUGAACACAAGGAAAGGCUGAUCACUCUUGGCUUUUCAAAUAUAACAAUGGAUCUCCAUACACCUGAAUGCAAUUGUACUUCAAGUGUCUGUUCCAUAUUUUCACAAGGAAUAUACUACCUUUACCCAUUUACAAUAGAAUAUCAUAUUUUGGCCUCAACAAUGCUGUAUGUUCUCUGGAAGAAUAUUGGUCGCAGAGUAAAGCACCAUCAGCAACAGAAAAUUCACUUUAAGUUCCAUGGUAUAACAGCUGGCACAAUCGUGGGGUUACUUGUGCUUACGACAACCAUUGCUGUUCUUGUAGUUUAUCUCAUCCAAAUAGGUCGUUCAAAGAGUAAGAGCGAAAUGGCACUUACUAUGUUUUAUGUAUACGCCAUCACAGUCUUGACUCUUAUGUGCACGGCGGCUGUUAUUGGGCUCAUCAUAUACAGACUGGAAAAUAAAUCAAUGGACGGCAGCGAAAGCCCUGCCAAGAAACUGGACUCUGAUCUACUAGUUGGUUCAUCUUGUGGAUCAUGGCUCAUAUCCUGGGGUUCGAUUUUAGCAAUAAUCUCCGCAGAGACACACCCUGGCUACGCAUGGUACAACCUGCCUUAUUCUAUACUCGUAAUUAUCGAGAAAUACAUUCAGAACUUAUUUAUUAUCGAAUGCAUCCAUCGAAGAGAAGAUGAAACCAGUGAAAAAGCCAUUGAGAAGAUAUUUUCCAUGUCCAGCCGAAGCACCUUAUCGCUUACACCUUCCUAUGAAGUGUUCAGUGAAGCGGUUACUAUCUGCAGUGAAUUUCCCUACUUGUCAAAUUCGCAACUCUCUCUAGGUGAAGGCUGUGUGGAGAAUAAGAAGAAUCAGGAAAAUAAUAACUCUAUUAGACUCUCACCAUCUAGUGUGGCAAUCCAGGCUUGCAGAUCUACAAAGCUCAACAAGAAAAGAAGAAUCCUAAAAAAUAUUGCAGCGUUCCUCUUCCUUUGUAAUAUUUCGCUUUGGAUCCCGCCUGCAUUCGGUUGUCGUCCCCAAUAUGACAAUGGACUGGAGGAAGUUGUGUUUGGUUUUGAACCAUGGAUUAUUGUUGUUAAUCUCGCAAUGCCUUUCUCAAUCUUCUACCGUAUGCAUUCAGCAUCUUCACUUUUUGAAGUUUACUGUAAAACAUAGAUCACUAAAGGUUCAUUAAUACAUAAAGAAAAAUAUGGUUUAAUUGCAAGUAAGAAAUCCAUACCAGCCUCAGCCCAUGAAACCUUCAUGCGUUGCCCCGAACCUAUUAAUUAUACAAAA